AUGUCCGCCACGCCGUCUGCCGCGCCCUCGGUGCCCGCCAGCGCGAUCCCGAGCCAGCGCACGUCCCCCGCGCCCCGGCAUCCGGAGCAUAUUCCUCAGUUCCCUCCGGGAACCGACAUUGACCACCUCGACCCGCCCUUCCUCCACACGAAGGAGCAGUACCAGAAGCUGUGGGACAGCGUUGACACGCUCCUCCUCGACUGCGAUGGCGUUAUCUACCACGGCCCCAUUGUCGUCCCGGGUGUCAAGACCGUGCUCCAGCUCGCGAGGAAGCAGGGCAAGCAGAUCAUCUUCGUGACCAACAACGGAACGAAGAGCAGGAGGAUGUACAAGAAGACGUUUGACAAGCUCGGCAUUGAGGCGCAUGAGAGCGAGAUCUUUGGCUCCGGUUACGCUUCGGCCGUGUACCUCUCCAAGGUGCUCAAGUUCCCGCAGGACAAGUGCGUCUACCUGCUCGGCGAGAAGGGUCUCGAGGAGGAGCUCGACAGCGUCGGCAUCAAGCACAAGGGCGGCACCGACCCGGCCGACAACGUCGUGCUCACUAGCCCGCCUGACUUUUCCUCGUUCGAGAAAGACCCCAGCGUUGGAGCUGUGCUUUGCUCCAUGGACUUUGGUAUCAGCUCCGGCUCGCUCUCGUCGCCCCUCGUCUUCGCACUGCAGGGCAAGAAGGAGCCGACCGUCGUCGGCAAGCCUAACAAGCCGAUGAUGGACGCCAUCAUUGCCGAGCACCACUUUGACAAGUCGCGCGCACUCAUGGUUGGAGACAACCAACUCACGGAUAUUGCGUUCGGGAACAACAGCGGCAUUCGCACGCUGCUCGUUCUCGGAGGAGUUACGCACGAAGACCAGGUGUGGGGACCGAAAGCGAGCGAUAUCAAGCCGACUUAUGUGAUGAACUCGUUAGGAGACUUUGCCACGUUGGCCGAGUGA